AUGGUUGACGAAGUGGACGAAAACUCGUCAUGCCAUAGCAAGGCGCGAGCGUGUAACGACUGCGUGGGCAUCCAGACAGAGAUGCUUGUUCGCAAGGCCUAUGAGAAGUCCUCCAAUCUUCCGGACAGUCGGCGUAAAGUGAUCCGAAGCAUGCUUGCUUUGGCGGAGAAGGAACGUGUUUUGCGUUCGUCAAUGGUUCACCUGGUGGCCCAUUUUCUCGCCGAGUAUACCAAGUCGUAUCGGGAUGAUAGCAUCGAAGAAUGGGACCGUUUUGAAAAGUCGGAUCAGUGUCGUGCUAUGGUGAAAAAGCACUUCUCCCCGAGCCAUACCAUCCCAGAUGAGCCAUCCAAGAAACAAGGGGGUGUGAUUCCUCGAGGCAUAACACGAGUGAUGACAUCUCUCUCGGGAGUCGGAUUUCCUUCCAGGUCAUGGGCCAACAAUAAGGACGACCCGAGUCCCUCCAAGAAGUCAUCCGGGGAGAAGGCGAAUACCUUUUCCGGAUAUUAUUCUUCCUCAUCUAAGCCUCGGAUAUAA